AUGUUAGCAAACUUUAGGUUUGGCUCCAAAUGGAUUUCCUGGAUUAAGGAAUGUGUCUCUACUGCAAGAAUUUCAAUACUUGUUAAUGGUUCACCAACCAAGGAGUUUAACCCUCAGAAAGGCCUUAGGCAAGGAGAUCCCUUAUCCCCAUUCCUCUUUAACUUGGUUGUAGAAGCACUAAACAUUUUUCUUCAGAGAGCUAGGGAGUUGAGUCUGCUAAAAGGGGUAAUUAUUGGGAACAAUCAAGUUCAACUCUCCCAUCUUCCAUUUGCAGAUGACUCUUUUCUAUUCUGUGAAGCUGAACUAUCAGAAGUUCUUAGUCUGAAAAGGAUCCUUAGGUGUUUUGAAGUAGCAUCAAGGCUCAAAAUCAACUACCAUAAGAGUAUGGUUUGUGGGGUUGGUUUCUCUGACUCUGCUCUUGAGGAGUUUGUAUCCCUACGGAAUUGCAAGACUCUAAGUUUACCACUUAAGUACCUAGGAUUGCCUCUGGGUGCUAAUCCAAGGAGAAAGAGGAUGUGGAAGCCAGUUAUAGAGAAAUUUAAAUUGAGGCUUGCUGGUUGGAAAAUGAGGUUACCUGAAGGAAUAGCUAAGGAAAUAGACAAAAUUCAAGCUUCAUUCUUAUGGGGUGGCUCAGAUCUAAAGAGGAAAAUCCAUCUUGUGAAAUGUGGUGGUGGAGGUUUGCUUCUGACCAUGAUUCCUUAUAAAAUAGGGUCAUAUAGAGUAAAUACAAUUUUCAAGGAAGGAAUCAAGUUUUGGUAUGAUCACUGGUGUGGAGCUUUUUGCCUCAAAGAUGCGUUCCUUAGGCUAUUUCAAUUGUCCAAUGAUAAGGAGGGAUCACUUAAAGAUUUUGUGGCUGUCUCAGUUGACAAUUGGUUUCUCACCUUUAGGAGGCCUCUCUUUGAAUGGGAAAAUGAGGAGCUUCUCAAACUUCUUGGCACCUUAGCAGCAGCACUUUCUCUGAAUCUGGAUGUACAAGACAAUGCAGUUUGGUUAGCAUCAAAACCUGGACAGUCCCUUGUAUCCACUUUAUACAACCACACUAAUCUUGGCUUUGGAAACACUGCUGCUACAGUGGUUGGGGUCUCUUUGGGUGGUUCUUGGUUCUGUCGAGGGUCUGCUGCAAUGGUGGACAGGUUGUCUUUAGCUUUUAGCUGUUGUGUUAGUGUAGUUGUUCUAUCCUCUUUGGAUAUCUUUGAUUGGUUCCUCUCCAAUCCAAUUUUGGGUUGA